AUGGCUCAGAAUGACACUCUGUUCCAUUUCGAAGGUAAGGUAGUGACUGGGUUUGGUCGCGGUGGCAAAGAUCUCGGCUGUCCCACAGCUAAUAUGGAUGAUAACGUGGUUUCCAACCUCAAUCCUUCCAUCUCUUGCGGGGUUUAUUAUGGUUAUGGACGAGUGAAUAAUGGGCAGGUUUAUGAUGUUGUGCUGAGCAUCGGUUGGAAUCCUCAUUUCAAAAACGAGAAACGAACAGUGGAAGUGCACUUCAUUCAUAACUUCGAUAACGACUUCUAUGGAGCCAAUGUAGAAUGUUUAGUUGUUGGACGGAUUCGUGACAUGCGAAGUUUUUCCGGUUUAGAUGAGCUUAAGAAAGAGAUAGAGAACGACAUUACUACCGCUAAAGUAGAAUGUGGGAAAGUCGAGAACAUGAACAAGAUUGUAGAUUUUUUUGCUUCGAGACGAAACCAUUUGUAA